UGCGCAGACUGGCUCUUCCUUUCUGCUCGCUUCUCCGCCAUGGCGCCUAUUCAGAAGAAGCAGAACACCGGCAAAGGUGGCAAGAAGAAGAAGCAGGUCCUGAAGUUCACCCUGGACUGCACCCAUCCAGUGGAGGAUGGCAUCAUGGACGUGGCCAACUUCGAACAGUUCCUGCAGGAACGCAUCAAGGUGAACGGGAAAGCUGGCAACCUGGGUGGAGGUGUGGUGUCCAUUGAGAGGAGCAAAAGCAAGAUCACAGUUUCCUCCGAGGUGCCUUUCUCCAAACGAUACCUGAAGUACCUGACCAAGAAGUACCUAAAGAAGAACAAUCUCCGUGACUGGCUGCGCGUGGUUGCUAACACCAAGGAGAGCUACGAGCUACGCUACUUCCAGAUUAAUCAGGAUGAAGAAGAGGAGGAAGAUGAAGAUUAAAUUGCCAUUCUGAUUUUGUACAUUUAAAUAAAUUUUGUUUACAGUACACAA